AACAACUCCAAGCGCCAUUCUUCUCCUUAAACACCCCCGCCCCGCCCAUUUGUUCUGUUGCAAGAUACUUCCCGUUGUCUCCGUCGGGGUCCCUGAGGGUGUUUAGCUAUGAGUUCCUGGACUUCAAGCGAAGCAAUCAACGGCAUGUAUAUCCCGUCCGCUCUCCUGAUUUUCGGUACUGCCAUUGUGAAGAAGGAAUGGCUUCCCUACGCAGCAGCGCUCGCCGCGAUUUUGUCAGGGUGGAAAGUGUUUAGCAACAGACAACGGAAGGUUCUCAAUCCCACCGAAUUCCAAAACUUUGAAUUGAAAGAGAAAACCAUCGUCUCUCACAAUGUCGCCAUCUACCGCUUCGCCCUCCCGCGCCCAACAGAUAUCCUUGGUUUACCCAUUGGUCAACAUAUUUCUCUCGCUGCAACUAUCGAGGGUCAGACAAAAGAAAUCAUGCGAUCUUAUACCCCUAUCUCUUCGGACCAGGAAGCAGGUUAUUUCGACCUUCUUGUCAAGGCAUAUCCUCAAGGAAACAUCUCGAAACAUCUUGCUGGCUUGCGCAUUGGCCAAACUAUGAAGGUUCGAGGUCCGAAAGGAGCUAUGGUUUAUACCCCCAACAUGGUUAAAAAAAUUGGUAUGAUCGCUGGCGGCACCGGCAUUACGCCAAUGCUCCAAAUCAUUAAAGCUAUUAUCCGAGGAAGGCCGCGGAACGGAGGCAACGACACUACCCAGGUUGAUCUGAUAUUUGCCAACGUCAACCCGGAUGACAUCCUCCUAAAAGAUGAACUGGACCAGUUGGCGAAGGAGGAUGAUGGAUUCCGAGUUUUCUAUGUAUUAAACAACCCACCAGAGGGCUGGGAAGGUGGCGUUGGCUUCGUUACUCCAGAUAUGAUCAGGGCCAAACUCCCCGCUGCCGCGCCCGAUACAAAGGUCUUGAUCUGUGGACCACCUCCCAUGGUUAGCGCCAUGAAGAAAGCAACUGAGUCCCUGGGAUUCAAGAAGGCUGGACUCGUCAGCAAACUAGAGGACCAGUCAUUCACCGCCUUCCCCACUGUAACUUUUCGAGCCCGCAAGUCUAAAGAAAAGUUGCGAGACAAAACCCAAAGACGGUUCAAGAAUAAACCCCAAGAACUAGCGUAUAUGCGCCAGCCAAUUUUUUACGGCGCAUUCUUCAUUCCGAAAUCUAUAUUUCAACCGUACCCUGCCCCGGUGCUUAACAAGGUAGUUCGGUUUUCUAUCCUCCGAUUGAACUGCUCACCCUUGCCGAAACACCGUGCCCUCUCUUCCAGCACACCCCGCGAUACUUCCUUUUCACCACAGAACCAGCAUCAACGCUCCCGUACAGCCAUGGCGGCAGAUUCGGCGCCCACCGUGGCCCAGCUUUCAAUUCACUCUACCACGAGUGAGGUGUCCAAGUAUCCAAAUUGCUACCCCGCUGUUAACCCCGUCGACACAUACCGCGUGCAUGUUGCGGAGCUCGUAGGGGCGGCGCUUGGGAUUGAUUCUCUGUCUGUGUACCCCAAAAUACAAUGGACAAACUCUCUAGAUAAAGGAGAUUUAGUUCUAGCGGUCCCCGCUCUACAAAUUAAAGGCAAGAAGCCAGCAGAAGUUACGGCACAGAUUGUGGAAAACCUUCCUCCAUCAGACCUCAUUGGCACACCUGUUGUCUCAGGCACACAUAUACAGUUCUACUUCAAACCAGAACCCCUCACAAAAACCGUUAUCAGCUCCAUUCUGAAGAACAGAGCAACGUAUGGCACAAACGCGAACGUCGGCCUUCGGGAUCCUGCUGACCCGUCAAAGGGCAAGAAGAAAAUUAUUGUCGAGUUUUCAUCUCCCAAUAUCGCGAAGCCGUUCCAUGCUGGCCAUCUCCGAAGUACGAUUAUCGGAGGCUUCUUGGCCAACCUCUACACUGUGAUGGGAUGGGAUGUGAUCAAAAUGAAUUAUCUUGGUGAUUGGGGGAAGCAAUACGGUCUCCUGGCAAACGGUUAUGAAAAGUAUGGAAAUGAGGAGGAGCUGAUUAAGGAUCCUAUUAAUCACUUGUUUGAUGUCUAUGUUAAAAUCAACAAGGACGUGGCCGAGCAGGAGGUUCCCAUUAAGGAACUCAAAGAGCAGAUUAAGCAAAAGAAAGAAAAUAGUGAGGAUACCACUGAGUUGGAGAAGGAGCUGCAAGCCAAGGUUGAUGUCAGCUAUGAUGAAAAGGCGCGUCGGUAUUUCAAGAGCAUGGAAGACGGUGAUGAAGGAGCCCUCGUGCUCUGGAGACGAUUCCGCGACUUGAGUAUUGAGAAGUACAAGGAAACCUAUGCCCGCCUCAAUAUCGACUUCGAUCGCUACUCCGGUGAAUCGCAAGUUAAGCCUGAAAGUCUUGCCAAGGCAUAUGAGGCCAUGGCAAAAACGGGAGUCUCAGAGGAGUCUGAGGGCGCUGUGAUUGUCGAUUUUGCUAAGCAUGGGGCGAAGAAAUUGGGCAAAGCGAUUGUGGUUCGAAAGGAUGGCACACCCCUGUACCUGACUCGAGAUAUUGCAGCCAUUGUCGAGCGAGAUGAAGAAUUCCACUUCGACAAAAUGCUCUACGUCGUUGCCGCCCAGCAGGAUCUCCAUCUCGCGCAGCUAUUCAAGGUCACCGAGCUUGUGGGUCGGAAAGAUCUAGCGAACCGAUGCCAGCAUGUCAAUUUCGGUAUGGUUCGGGGAAUGAGCACUCGUAAGGGUACAGUUAAAUUCCUCAACGAUAUCCUCAAGGACGUUGGCGAGAAGAUGCACGAGGUGAUGAAGAAAAACACUGCCAAGUACGAACAGGUUGCGAAUCCUGAACAGACAGCUGAUAUCUUGGGAAUCACGUCGGUGAUGGUCCAGGAUAUGAGCGGUAAGCGAAUCAACGGCUACGAGUUCAACCUAGAUGACAUGACAUCCUUCGAAGGCGACACUGGCCCAUAUCUCCAAUACGCCCACGCUCGCCUCUGCUCCAUGACCCGCAAAGCCGAAAUUGACCCUUCCGAGCUGAGCUCCGCGAACCUCAGCCUCCUCACCGAGCCCCAUGCGAUCGACCUGAUCCGGCUACUCGCGUCCUGGCCGGACGUCGUGUUCAACACGACCAAGACGCUCGAGCCCACGACUGUCCUUACGUACCUUUUCAGAAUGACGCACGUGCUUAGCUCGGGCUAUGAUGUGUUGAAGGUUGUUGGGAGCGAGCCUGAGCUGAAGAAGGCGCGUAUGGCGAUGUAUGACUGUGCGAGACAGGUAUUGCAUAACGGGAUGCGGUUGUUAGGGUUGAAUCCAGUGGAGCGGUAA